AAUACCCAGUUGGCAGAACAAAUACCACAACCUGACCCGGGCAGCCCCAGAAGGCCAUUUGUUUAUGCGUGGGACCUACCGGUUCAGGCAAGAGUAUGUUGCUGCGUAAGUUGCAGGGACGGCACGUUGUAGACAACACAACAGCAACUGUACCAACGACAGGGACAAACCUAGUGGCUGUCACACUGUUUGACCAGUCACAGAUAACCAUACGAGAGCUGGGUGGUCCCAUGGCACCUAUGUGGUGUCACUACUACCAAGAUAUCACUAAGGUGAUGUUUGUGGUAGAUGCCAGUAAUCUUUGUCAGAUAGCAGCCGCCGGGGUUUUGCUCUACACAAUACUGGCUGAACCUCAGCUGCAGAAAGUUAAGAUUAUGAUGGUCCUGGCGAAAAUGGACGCAUCUUACAGGCAGAUGCGUAAUGAAGCUUUGCUCAUGCUCCAAUACAACAGAUUGAAGCAGGAGGUACCUCAGAAUAUUACUAUUGCUGAGGUGAGUGCAACUACAGGCGAGGGCAUCAGUACUGUCAUCUCCUGGCUUGGCGAGAAACAUUCAUGUAGUUGAAGAAUUUAUGAGCCUAUAGGCCUAUGUAUGUAGGCUACGUGUUACAGUUAACAGUUAACUCAAUAAUCUUAUAUGAUAACUACUACGUGUUAUCAAAAUAGUGAAAUAGAAUUAGAAAACUGAAUGUGAAAACAUAAUUUACAAUUUAACUGUUACGACUAGUCACGACAAAGAUGUUUGCUACAGCUAUCUUCAUUAAUUUUAGUGAGGACUUAGGAUUGCUGCUACAGGGAAGGUAUUGAGGUGGUUUGUUAUUGGAAUCUUGAUAGCUUAGUAUAAAAUAAAUAAAUUUGCAAAAUUUGAUUGAA